GUUCCGCCGGAACGCUCGCCGAGAGAAGAGCGCCAUGGCCCGCGUGGUGGUUGAAGGGAUGCCGGAGACGGCCGUCGGUGGAGGAGUGAUGUUGAACCGACGGAGAAGCAAAGCCAGGCGGAGAAAGCGAAAGGAGUUGUUCGCCAUCCAGAUGUGCUUUGCGGGGGUACUGCUGGGGCUCGUCGUAGGGCUCAAGUCUGUGGCACAGAAAGCAGGAUAUCAUGUGCCCAGUUCCAUAAUCGAGGAGGGUGUGAAGUGGGAGAGUCGUCACCUUUUACAAGAAGUCUAUAACGAGUCAACGCUCUUCUCUGACCCUGCAAAAAACUGCACAGAUCCAGCAAUCCAUGAGUUCCCCAGGGAUUUCUUUUCUAACCAGGAGCGUGUUGAUGGAGCAGUGGGUCUGCACGUCCUCUGUGCAGUCUACAUGUUCUAUGCCCUGGCCUUGGUGUGUGAUGACUACUUUGUCCCCUCUCUAGAGAAGCUAUGUGAGCGUCUUCAGCUGAGUGAAGAUGUUGCAGGAGCAACCUUUAUGGCAGCAGGCAGUUCAGCACCGGAACUGUUCACCUCUGUCAUUGGAGUUUUCGUCACGAAAGGUGACGUCGGGGUCGGCACCAUCGUGGGCUCAGCCGUCUUCAACAUCCUCUGCAUUAUUGGAGUGUGUGGGAUAUUCGCCGUGCAGACAAUCCGUCUCUCCUGCUGGCCUCUGCUCAGAGACUCCAGUUACUACACCUUGUCUAUCUCUGCUCUUAUAGUGAUCAUAUAUGAUGAAAAAGUGGUUUGGUGGGAAGCUCUUACGUUGAUUCUAAUGUAUUUCGUCUACAUUUUGAUCAUGAAGAUGAACUCUCAUGUUGUUCGUUUUCUGGAGAGACGGAAGAAGAACUCGUGCAGUUUGAGGAACGGAGCGGCCAGUAACGCUGAGCUCGACGAUGGCUGCGACGCUACCGCUGUUCUACUGAAGAAAGCGAACCACCACAGGAAGCCGUCUGUGCUGAUGGUGGAUGAGCUGCUGUCAGCGUACCCCCACCAGCUGUCCUUCUCUGAGGCAGGCAUGAGAAUCAUGAUCACCAGCCACUUCUCCCCAAGAACCCGACUCACCAUGGCUUCACGAAUGCUCAUCACCGAGAGGCAGCGUCUAAUCAACACGCGGACUUUGACCAACGGUGACUCUGAUGUUCCAGUGAAAGGAGGAAGUAGGCGGGGCAUAGAAAAUGGGAUGUCUGGGGCUGAAAGGGGUGUCGGUGUUCGCCAUGACGAUCGAGAGGCGGGCAACGAGACAGAGAACGAGGACAAUGAGAACAAUGAGAACGAUGAAGAGGAGGAAGAAGAGGAUAGAGGGGGACCCUUAGUACCCUUCCAGUGCCCAGCGGGGUGGUGUAACAAGCUGAAGUGGCUGCUGGCCUGGCCUCUGUGCCUGCUGCUGUACUUCACCGUCCCCAACUGCUCCACGCCUCGCUGGGACAACUGCUUCAUUCUAUCCUUCGUCUGCUCCACACUGUGGAUCGCAGCCUUCUCCUACGUCAUGGUCUGGAUGGUAACAGUGAUCGGCUUCACACUCGGUAUCCCAGACGUCAUCAUGGGCAUCACCUUCCUGGCAGCCGGCACCAGCGUCCCUGAUUGCAUGGCCAGCCUCAUAGUGGCACGACAAGGAAUGGGAGACAUGGCGGUGUCCAACUCCAUCGGCAGUAACGUGUUCGACAUCUUGGUGGGGCUCGGCCUCCCCUGGGCCCUGAACACCCUGGCUAUCAACUACGGCUCGGAUAUCAAAAUUAACAGCAAAGGACUGAUCUUCUCUGUGGGGCUCCUGCUGGCGUCUGUGUUUCUGACUGUCCUCGGAGUUCACCUAAACAAGUGGACUUUGGACAAGCGCCUCGGUUUCACGUGUCUCUUCCUCUACUCCGUCUUCCUGUGUUUCUCCUGCCUUAUCGAGUACAAUAUCUUCACCUUUGUCAACCUACCAACCUGCCGGGACUUACGGGAAUGACUGAGACACACGCAAACAUAACACACACACACACACACACACUGAUAUACAGUACAUACGUGCACACACUGUAUGCAAGGAAUUCCAAGAGAAUCCGAAGAUAGAAUUAGAACCAGAAAGUAUAAUUCUAAAUAUAAUUAACAGCAAGAAUUAUUUGCAAACACCAUUUGAGACACUCUGUUUGAGAAGACGUCCCACUUUGCUCUUUUUUCGAUGCCUGUCUUUCUGCUCAGUGCAAUAUGGAGCUGCUCUGAUGUUUGAGUGCGGGGUUGAUUUCAGGAACAGAGAUAGAAAUGACUGACUUGAUACAAGCCUCACACAGGACAGCACUGAGGACAGCAGCCGCAACAACAACACAAAUAACCUUUUGUUCGACCACUGGUUGCUCCUGACGAGAGGACCUUUAUUUUAAAACUCCCUGUAUUUAGGUGUGAAAGUAGUCAUGUUUACUAGCUGCUAACCUUUCCUGAGAGGAAAGGCGGGUCUUUUAGAUCUACUAGUUGAGAGUAAUAAUUAUAAAAGCAAUGAUGUAAAUGGGUGGGAGCGCGUAGGUUAGCGAUGUGGUACGGAUAAUGUCUAAACAAAGUUAGGGUCAAGAACAGGAAAUGUUAUGCAGAUGGGCACAUUUUUCAAACACCAUUAUCUUAGGACGUUUUAGAUUUCCAUUAGGUGUUCAUAAUUAAGUCUGUUGAGUGUGUUUGUUCAAAACAUUUUAAGAAACACUUAAAAUAUAAUGCCCCCCCCCCCUCCUACACAGAACCAGGGCAUUAUACAGUCACCUUUUUAUAAAUUAAAGCUGGGGUAGGCAGUAUAUCUUUGCGGUCGUUGGGUAAAAAUGCAAUAAUAACCUCUCAGCAUAUUGUAAUUCUAAUGGUUUGACAAAAACUAGACCUAUUAACCUCCUCAUGGUUCUGUUUUCAGGCUUUAGAACUGUUUGUCCGUGACGGGAGUCUAUCCAAUCACAGGUCAUUUCAUUGAGAGAGAGCGUUCCUAUUGGCUCUUCUAAUAAAGCGUCUUUGCACGAUUAAAGCCUGAUACAACAGAAGAAUAUCCUGCAGGAGAAGUUUCUAAUCUACCAUUGGCAACAACUGCUUACACUGCAAACAACCCUAGAACAGGAAGGACAAUAUCAGCAAGGCGUUUCAGAGAUGUAGGUUAGUAAAAGAUUAUUACCAACAUUUUCUCUCCAUCUCUCUAAAAAAAGUAGUUUAGCCUUCUUUGAGCUCAUGGCUGCAGCACAACUGUGAAGGCUUAGUGGUUAGCAGCAGGCUAAACAACAGAUACAUGUUCUCUACAUCUCUGAAACACUGGUAUUGUAGCGAGCCUCUUACUGUAUGAAGCGUGCACAUGCUUGUUCGGUGUAGGGAGGACAGAGAGGAGAGCUGCAGGACGAGGCCUGUAUUCUCAAAUUCUGCUGGGUUUUUUGCCUUUUCCAGAAAACAACAUACACUGGGUUAUCACUUGAAUUACAAUAUACUAAAAGGUUAUUAUAGAAUUUCUGCCCAAUAAUGCCCAAAAUAAACUGUCUCCCCCAGCAUUAACUUCAAUAGCAUCACAGCUGUAGCUUCUAUGUUUUGUACUGAAAAAUAAUUAGCUUUAAGGAGAAUGUUUUUAUUUUCCUUCUGUAAAUAGCACACCUCUGUAAAUACCCCCAGAUGUCAUAUUUAUUAUUUAUUCAUGUCACACGCACAUUUCUCCUCUGGAAGUCACAAAACACCCGGGCAGGUUUUAUUUAUUGACCCCGGGUUUCUGAAAUCCACACAGAAGAUCAUUUCAGAUGACCGCUCGUAUUCAAACAAGCACAAUUUUCUCGAAAGGUAUUUGUCUUGUUGAUUUUAUCAAUGACUUGAUUUAGUUAUGUUGUGUGUGUGUGGAUGUUAAAAAGCAGAAUUCAAACUUGCACUGAAAAGCUGAAACUAGCUUCACUGGGAGACUGUAACUGUUUCUCCCAAAACAUGCUGAUUAUAAGGAUAACAUCCUUGUAAAAUGAAGCAGGUUUGUAGGAAAUGAUCACGUCAAUGUUUUAAGAAUAGGGUUAGGGUUGAUAAUGAUCUGCUGCUUUUUUCUCUUCUCAAAGACACCGACCAAAUAGACUCAAAACAGCGGCGGCAUUAUUUCAAACAGCCAAGAAAGUUGGACGAGGUAUUUCCUCUGUGGGGGAUAGAUAUCCACAUAUUCACUCCUCCGGGGUCCCAAAGAGGAGGUGAGGUAUUAAAGUGGAGGUAUUGUAGGAGUAGAGUAAAGAUGCAAUAUAAGCAUCAGGACUUUUAUCCCAGCUCUAAUACUUAAAGGUUGAGGUCUCAACUUUAUUUUUAUCCAGGAGUUCUUUGUAUUUUGUAAUGCCUAAUGUCUAGAUUUGUCCAGAUAUGGUAGGUUUGUGGUAAAUUGAGAUAAAUAUUCCUACUAGUUUUAAGAGCAUGUACAAUGUGGUUCGUGAACCCUACGGGGGAUUUUUAUUCCACUACUGGAGUCGAGUCGAGGCUCGCCAACGAAGUCACAUUAUUCCUCAAAGACUUCAUCACAGAAAUGAACACUUCGUCUGUCAGAGCCUGUUGAUCCAUUCAAAUGUCAUCUUUUCCUCCAGAUUUGUUCAUUUGAAAUGUCAAGUGCUCUAAUCAUUUUUAUUUUAUGGAAGACAAUUGCUAAAACACAACUAAGUCUGAUUUGUUUCAGGGACAUUUUUUAUUUAUUGAGCAGUAAUAUAAAAUAUAAGAUCUGAUAAAUAUUGUCUUUCGAAUGUACAAAUAAUUAAUGUUAUUUUUGUUUAUAUAUCAUACACAUUUAUUUAUUCAGAGGCAGAGUACUCUGUGCUAUGACCGGAAAACAGGGUUUAAAUGUGUUUUGAAUCUUAUGUAAUGCAAUAACUAUGAGCUUACAAUUAUGUAAAUAUGCCGCUUUAUUGAUCAAAGACAAAUUUAUAAUAGAGUUUAACCUGAUGUAUUCAAAUUGUCUAUGAUGUUUGCCCAUAUGUGACACUGUAACAGCAUUCUUUAUGAAGUUAUUUAUCAAUGACUAUACAAACAAUCGAAACAGGACUGUUAACCUACGGAGCUCGACAACUCUAAACAGCCACAGUGUAAUCAUUGUUAAAGUCAUUAUCAAAUACUGUAGAUUCUGGUAAUAAUGUUACUAUACCUCAGUGAUCAAAGACACAGCUUUGAAAUAUUCAUUAAACAUUCAUUCGAGUCCCAUCGUUUCCUAAUAAUUUAUUUGAAAGUUCCUCUGAAAGAACUAUUUAAUUUGGUGAAAGAGAAUAUUCUGAGACAGUAAGUACACAACUCAUUUAUUUGAAAUAGUUGUGUUGAGUUCAUAAGAAGUUGCUGUUUUCCAGAGGAAAUAUAUGGAAGCCAAUUUCUACCAGAAAAAGGAAAAUAAAAAUGAAAUGUUAGAAGUUCCUAAACUAAAAACGAAUCUCAUAACUUAUUGUUUGAAUAAGUAAAAUCACACCAUUUUAUUUUAAAUAACUCUAAAAUGUUGACUCGAUCAUCAUUUUAAUUAGUAUCUAAACAAUUUGAAUUAUCAUAACUUAUCUUAAAUUAGUCAUUCCUCACAUUUAUUUAUUUUCCUGGUGGAAAAGUGGGCUUCUAUAAAUUCUCUAAAGACUUAAUGAUAUGACGGAAAACAUGACAGAGAGCCAUUAAACAAGUAAAUUCAUCAUAUAUAUUAAAUGUUCCCCUUAGACACAUUUCAAAUUAUUGCAUAUUCAUCUGACCUGCCUUAAAGACUCGAGGUUACACUACAGUGGAAAAUUCAAUCAGAACUGUGCAAUAUCUUUGGUUUGAUUAUAAUUGUUACAAAUGAAAUAGUUGCCCAGGACCUUCUUCAGAAGUUACACUGAUCAUGUUCUUUCUAGGAAAUUGUUAGGAAGCCGUGGGACCGAUGAAAAAAAGUGUCUCUCUUUCAAAUCCCAAAAUGCUGAUGACUGUUGGACUGAUGUACACUGUUCAACGUUUAGUUUCAAAACAUAAACAGUUGGAGAUUUUAAAUAAAUGAAUAAGUGGAUCUUUAAGCAUAUAUAUUUUAGUAUUCCGAGCUCAAACCAGUCAGCCACAAGCUAGCUCCUCCUCCUUUAUGGUUGAGUGACUACAAUACAGAUAUUUACUCUAUACUAUACUGAACAAUCACUGGUUACAAGGCAUCAAUCAUUCCUUCAUGUUUUGAAGUAUUAUCAGUAUCUUUACAACCCAGGGCAUUUUUUUCAGUUUAUCAUAUAUCAGAAACUAUCUGUAUCAUGCACUUUUAAAAAUUGAUGGUGCAGAUUAUUUGGUUCAUUACUAUCUGUGCUGCUAUUCACUGCAUGAACCUAACACCUGAAACAUGGGCUACCAUGUCUUUGAAUCUAACCAAACUAACACAAAGACGCUCACAUUUUGAAAAGAGGUGUCUUGUAGAGGAGAUUUCUAAAUAAUUUGUGAUAUUCACAUGGGUGAUAUUGCUGAUGUACAUAUGUAUAUAGAUAGGUGUAAAUGUAUUUAUAUAUUUUUUGUCUCAAUCUGUAUAUCUGUUGAAUAUAUUUUCAUAGAUCCUAGGUCUCCCUUGUACCCCCCUUUGAUGUGUUUGAGACCUCUGAAGCUAUUGUCCUUUGUUUACUCGCAUGGAGAUAUUUCAAUAUAAUAAAUUAUUUAUGGUAAAUCUUAAUGUACUUUGGGAUGAGAGUCAAAUGAGUUUUUAGAUGGCACUGGAUUUAGUUUGAACUGGAUAUCCUAGAUGACUGCAUGCUGUUGCUAGUAUGGGAUAUAAGCGAUGGAGAGUGAGAGUGAGAGUGUUUGCAGAUGAUACGUUUCUCUAUGUAUCCAAGCUUUACCUCUUCAUACACAAUAAACUUUUCAACAGAUAGGUUUACUUUGUGUUUAGAUGUUUUAAAUGUAAUUUUGAGAGAUAAUUUUGCUACCUGAGCAUUAAUAAAGUUGUCUUUGCUUAAGGUAACACAA